AAACUCAACACUUGAUCUUCAUUUUCUCAAUGUUUCCGAUUCUGUUUGGUUUCUUAGAAGACUCGAUUCUAUACGAAAAGAAAAUUGAAGCGUUAUUGAACUUGAUUGAAAAUUUAUCAAACAAUGUCGUUGCUGUUUUCUGUCGAAUGCUGAGUUUGUAGUGUGCUUAGCUUAACAAUGGCUGCUGUUAGGUCUUCAUCUGUUAGAUGGAUAGGAAGUUCAAUCAAGGGUUCUUUCAAUUUAGAAUUACUUCAUCAAUUCCGCUAUCAUCAUAGUGUGGUUAUGAAUUUUGCAAGAAUUGCAAGGUUGCCAAGUGGUUCACUGGGCCUUCCUUAUUCCAAAGGAGGGUUACAGGCAGCUCAAGCUUUUGCUAAGAAUGGGUUUAGUAAUUUGGCUUCUGAAUCCCUUGUAAGUAGUCACUGCUUUGGUACUAGAGACAGUGGCUCAUUGAAUCCUAGAUUCUCUGGCUUUUGUUUUAGGACUACCCUUCCUUUUGCUUCUUGCAUGACCCACUUGUUGAAUCAUCGUAUGUAUUCAUCUUCUUUGGGUGGCAAAGGAAGUAGGGAUGGUGGCACAGAAGUUCCUGCUGGUUCUGAUGCAAGUGAUAUGAAUGCCAGUGGUGAUUCGAUUGUUGCGGGUGAUUUGGCUGAGAGGGUUAAGGAUGCUUGGAAGAGUGUGGUAGAGGCAGCAUCAAAUGCUGGGCAAAAGGUCAAAGAAACUUCCGAUGAUCUCACUCCGUAUGCUCAACAAUUGCUUGAUUCACACCCAUAUCUUAACAAGGUGGUUAUUCCAGUUGGUGGUACUUUAACUGCUACUCUAAUAGCUUGGUUCUUGAUGCCUAAGAUUUUAAGGAAAUUUCACAAAUAUGCAAUGCAAGGUCCCAUCUCUCUAUUUCCUGGAAGUAUGUCUGGGGAGCCAGUUCCUUAUGAGAAAAGCUUUUGGGGUGCUAUGGAAGAUCCAGUGCGUUAUUUAGUCACCUUCAUGGCAUUCUCACAAAUUGGUGUAAUGGUAGCUCCAACAACUAUAACCUCAGAGUAUCUUGCACCUGUUUGGAGGGGUGCAGUGAUACUUUCAUUUGUAUGGUUUUUGCAUAGAUGGAAAGCAAAUGUUUUUGCACGGACAUUGUCCAGUCAAAGUUUACUUGGACUUGAUAGAGAGAAAUUACUUGCUCUAGACAAAAUCUCAUCUAUUGGUCUAUUUGUGAUUGGUAUAAUGGCUUUGGCUGAGGCUUGUGGUGUGGCCGUGCAAUCUAUUGUGACUGUCGGUGGUAUAGGAGGAGUGGCUACUGCUUUUGCUGCCAAGGACAUUCUUGGCAAUGUGUUCAGUGGUUUAUCUAUGCAGUUUUCAAAGCCCUUUUCAAUUGGAGAUACAAUAAAAGCUGGCUCGAUAGAGGGUCAAGUGGUGGAAAUGGGUCUUACUACCACAUCAUUGCUGAGUUCGGAGAAGUUCCCAGUCAUUGUGCCAAACACAUUUUUUUCUAGCCAGGUUAUAGUGAACAAGUCCCGUGCUGAAUAUCAUGCCAUUAUUUCGAAAAUUCCACUGCAAACUGAGGAUUUAACUAAGAUUCCCGAGAUAUCAAAUGAUGUUAAAAGCAUGCUAAGAUCAAAUGCGAAGGUUUUCUUAGGAAAAGACGUUCCCUACUGUUUCUUGUCCCGUAUAGAAAGUUCAUAUGCAGAAUUGACUCUUGGAUACAACCUUAAACACAUGCGCAGAGAUGAGCAAUACUCUGCCGAACAAGAUAUUCUUCUGCAGGCGGUUCAGAUCAUUAAGAAUCACGGGGUUGCUCUUGGCAGCACAUGGCAAGACAUGUCUUCUAAAUGACAUGCUCCACACGAUGACAAUUUUGGAAGACGUGAUUGCAAGACAUGGUAAGCUUUAAUUUUACUAAUACAAGGCCUGCAGGUAUAUUAAUUUGUCAUUCGUUGGCACCAAAGCAGUUUUCUAGUACUUGUACCUGUGAAUUUUGAUGUAGUCAACAAUAUAAAAGGUUUUACAUUAUGAGUGAAUUAAGUGGCAUCAUCCAU